UCUUUCAGGCUGUGAUCCUGGGUGGACGUAUUAUUCAGGAUAUUGUUAUAAUUACUACAAUCAAACGACGAUGUCAUGGUUUGAUGCUGCGGUUCAGUGUGAAAGACAUAAUGCAUAUUUAACGGAUGUAAAUUCCUUAGAAGAAAAUACAUGGAUUUUUGAAAAUCUAUUCGAGUCAGAGGAGUGCGGAGGAUUUUCGAACUGUUAUGUUUGGAGUGGAGGGCAUAAGCUUGACAAAGAUGGCAAUUUUAUGUGGAGGGGAAAUAACUCGACUGUUGAAUUGGUAUCCACAUGGGCUCCACAUGAACCGAACAGUGGAUUUGGCGAUGAAAACUGCAUUGCAAUAUUUCGCUCUACAGGGAAGUGGAUCGAUGCUCCUUGUUACUCUCUGCUAUCAUAUAUUUGUAAAAAGGCUUUAUAAAUGACAAAAAUAACUGGAUAAUUGCGUUACUAAUGU